GCUUACAAGUUUACUGCACACUUUGCAGGGAAAAAGAUGGCCGACGAAGCUCAAACGAUACGUCGACACGAAUCGGAUCGUGCGCUGUGUGGUGGUUCAGUAGUAGAUAAUUAUAUUCGUCCAACACUAGCCGAGUUUUUAGGGACUGCAUUUCUGGUAUUUCUCUUGUGUUUGUGUGCUCCAAUCCACCUUUAUUACGGAGAUUUGUUUGAAAAUUCACUUUCGGCGCUAGUUUAUGGAUUUGGUUAUGUAUCCUUGAUUUAUGCAUUUGGUGACAUUAGCGGUGGGUAUUUUAACCCAGCCAUAACAUUCGCUCUGGCUUGGAAUGAUACGCUACCAGUGCUUGUUGCUGUAUUUUUUAUCAUUGCUCAGACAGUGGGAGGUAUCCUAGGAGGAGCAUUGGCCCUUGCUGCUGUUCCGACGAAUAAAUACACGCAGUUCAUCGAUGGAGCAACAAAGCUUAUAAAUGAGACAGACCCUGGCUGGGCUCUUCUGGUAGAGGUCAUUCUAACGUUCAUGAUAACUUUCACUGUUUUACUCACAGCGUUUGAUAAAAAGAAGAAAAAUAUGUCACCUCUUGCUAUUGGAUUCUCGGUCGUCGCAUGUGCAAUGUCAGGGACACCAUAUACUGGUGGAUAUAUGAAUCCGGCUGUAAGUUUAGGACCGGCUGCAUCCUACUCAAGAUACAUGUACAUAGAUAUCGAUGUUUUGGAGCAUCAUUAUGUCUAUUGGGUGGGACCCAAAGCAGGGGCAUUGGCCGCAGCUAUAAUAUACAGUGUUUUGUUUUCAAAGAGAAGGACACCAGAUUUUAUGAACUUUACACAUUCUGAGGGACACUCAACACCCAGCAAUAACAUUCCCAUACAAUGACAUCAAAUUCAAAGGAUCAGUCGUGAUUUAAUAAAGUCAAAUAAAAACUUAUCCUUACGUGCAUGGAUUUCUGUUUACAUUUAUAUAUUUCAACUCCGGAUUCCAAGAUUCAGAGACAUAAAAUUUUUGCCCUGUCCAAUCGUCUAUAUGUAUGUCUGUUUGUCGGCAAAAUUUAUUUUAAUUUUACCCAUAACGUUUGAUAUAUUUCAUUUUUUCGUUAGAAGAAAAUGUUUUGGGGUAUCAACAUAUUUGACCUCUUGACCUUUUGAUUUGAUUAAAUUUUUUGCAAGAUUUUAAAAACUUUAACUUCAUGUCUUAUAAACAGUUAAUGAGAGGAUAUGCAUAUACUUGACAUGAGCAAUGUCUGUAACAUGAUUUCCCUUGGAUUUCAUAAUUUUGACCUUCAUCUUGGAUUUUGACCUACUUUUGAAAAAAAGACCUUUGCAAUAUAUGUGCCUAUGUAAAAGGUUUCAUUUUUCACAUAACUGUAAUAAGAUAUUUCCGACUAUGUUAUGCUUUUGGUCCCUUGGUCCUGAUCUUAAUGUUUGACCUCAACAUGUAUUCACUAUGACAAAAGAAUUGACAUACAGGAGAGAACAAUUUCCCGGAAAAAGUGACAUUUAAAAUUAAUCUUUAUUUGUUGUUUUCUGUCGUAUAUUUGUCUAAAUUUUUCAAAUUUGUAUUUUAUACCUAAUAUUUAUUAUUUACAACUUUACAAUAAACCUCCGAAGUUGGCCAAAACAC